AUGUGCUUGUCCCUUACCGGCGCUGUCUUCCGUGCAGGGAAACCGAGGCAGGCUUGCCAGGCCUUCUUUGAAUGCUGUUGGCAGAGUACCACCUCAGGACCGCCUGCGACUCCCGAGUGGGUGGGGAUGAGGAGCGGCUUUUCUUCCCUUGCGGAUCACGCGACUCCCGGGACCCGCGCCCACUCCAGUGUGUCCCUGGUUCUCACUCCACUAGUGUGCUGCGCAACUAGGGUCUCAGGGAUAGCGGCCUGCGGGGCCCAGGGCGCUCCUGAUGACACCCUGACCUCCUCGCUGCCCUGCUUAAAGCCGCAGCGGGGACCCCCACCCCCGAAAGCCGACGCACGGAGCCCGCACAGCCGAGUGUGUGACUCUGCCCAGGAGCUCCAGGCGCCUUCGGGCCCCGCGGCCCUGGCCCAGGGGGAGCACUCGGCGGGUGUCGCCGCGCCUCAGAUGCUGCAGUGCGGGAGCGACACCCCUACAGCCGCCUUAGAUGUGCACCCGCAGCGCUCGGAUAGGUUCCGGUUCUCCCCGAGCCGUGUGUCUGUGGCCCAGUGUGGGAAUGAAAGCCGCCUUGGGCCGAGUGCCGCCAAAUCGGGCCUGGAGGGAGGGGGGAAGAGAGUUGAAGGGGAGCUGCCACCCGCCUCGCCCAGAGGCACCCUGGCUUUCCUCCGCGCCGGUCCUCCCUUCCCCGCCCCUCGGGCGCUGCCGCGUCCCGAGUGCUGCAGUCCCUCCGGUGCAGGCAGGGGAGGCGCGGGGAGCCUGGAGGAGGGGGCCGUGAGCGCCCCCGUGAGAGUGGCCCGGCGGCAGGUAGCAAGGAGAGCGAAGCAAGGGACUCGAGGGGCGCGGGUAGAAAGGAAGGAGGCGUGGAGUGGAGUGGGGUGGAGAGUGCCAGGAGGCCCGGACCCCGAAGGUGGGGGUGGCGGGGGAGGGAGGAGGGGGAGGGCGGCGGAGGACGUGCCGGCCGCUGUGCGCGCGGGAGCAGCAGACGAGCCGCCUCAGACCUUAGCUAGAGCUCUCGCCGGCUCCCGGCACCGCCGCCGCGCCUCGGCCGGGGAGGACGUGCCGGCCAAAGGAGCGGCGGGCGGAGACUCGGCCGACUCGGGAUUGGGGAAGAGCCGCCGGGAGCCGUAA